GGUUGAAACUGGAGUUGAGCAAGGAGACACUGUUAGCAUGCACUAUGAUCCUAUGAUUGCAAAGCUUGUUGUCUGGGGAGAUAAUCGUGGCGAAGCUUUAGUGAAACUGAAGGAUUGCUUGUCUAACUUUCAGGUAGCAGGUGUACCUACAAACAUUAAUUUCCUUCAAAAACUUGCUAGUCAUAAGGAGUUUGCAGUGGGAAAUGUAGAAACUCAUUUUAAUGAGCACCAUGGAAGUGAUCUGUUUGCGGAUGAAAGUAAUCCAGCUGCAGCAGAAGUGGCAGACAAAGCAGUUAAGCAUAGUGCAGCAUUGGUGGCUGCUUGUGUCUCCGCAAUCGAGCAUUCUGCUUGGAAUGAAAGUAAUCAUGGGAAACUUCCAUCGAUAUGGUAUUCUCAUCCUCCUUUUAGGGUCCAUCAUGAAGCCAAACAAACCAUUGAGCUAGAGUGGAAUAAUGAGUACGACGGAACUGGUUCUAACCUAAUAUCACUCGGUGUAAUAUGUCAACCAGAUGGAAGCUAUCUCAUUCAGGAAGGCAAUGAUUCUCCAAGUUUAGAAGUCCGGGUAACUCGAGCAGGAAAGUGUGAUUUUAGAGUUGAAGCUGCCGGAUUGAGCAUGAACGUUAGUCUAGCCACAUACUUGAAGGAGGGUUAUAAACACAUCCAUAUAUGGCAUGGUUCAGAACACCAUCAAUUCAAGCAGAAGGUAGGAAUCAAAUUCUCUGAAGAUGAAGAAGGUGUUAAACACAGAACCAGCUCCGAAACAUCAUCACACCCUCCAGGAACCAUUGUGGCCCCCAUGGCCGGAUUAGUUGUCAAGGUCCUUGUGGAAAACGAAGCUAAAGUAGAUCAAGGUCAACCUGUAUUAGUCCUGGAGGCAAUGAAGAUGGAGCACGUUGUGAAAGCCCCAUCCUCUGGAAGCAUACAUGGCCUCAAAGUUAUAGCAGGCCAACAGGUUUCAGAUGGUAGUGCUCUAUUCAGGAUCAAAGGAUAAAUAACAUGAUUUGCGAUUGAUGAAACUCUCCCACUGGCUUACGGGAAGCCUGAACUGAUAAGCGUUUGGGUGUGUAUGUAUAUAAACCAAAAUCUUACAAAAGAUAAAUAAAUCCAAAGCUUUAUCAAUGUUUAA